AUGAACGUCCUCAGCCUGAGACGAAGUGCACACAGCCACGCGGAGUACCAUGUAAAUGCUUUCGCAAAAAUCGCAUUUAUGACAUUUAAUAAGAAUUAUACACAGCACGUACCAUUUUCUUACUCAAACAGAACAACCUUUCGUUUGAAAGCAUUGGCAUUUUUUGGGACAGCAUUUGCCAUUCCUUUCGUUGCGGUGUGGUGGGGCUGGAACAGGAAAGGGGGUCUUAACAACCCGUGA